AUGUGGGGUGAAUUCUUGUUCGAUAAACCAGAUGGUCAAGCGGGGUCUGAUGAUAGAAAACAAAUAACUGUUCAAAAGGCGACAGCAACAGCAUUACAAAAUACAGAAAACACACCUAUAGAUUUGGGCGAACUGCCGGUAGGGGACCGGGUUUCUUCCGGCUCCAAGGAUGUGCCAGAUUUAACUAUAGUACCGCCUGGUGAAAAUCAACCCCGUAAUAGUAUUGCAAUACAAAAACGACCGUCAUAUCUCAUUCUCGCCGACAGCCACCUUAAACAUCUACCAGAACGUCUCCGACAGCCGAACUAUGACGUUGAUUUUAAAAUUGUGCGAGGUGCUGAAUGGAUUAAUCAAUACGCUCCAAAAUUAUCCAUACAAUCAAUUAUUAGUCUACGUGAAAUUAUUGAAGCAGUUUCUUCGUCGGUGGGAAUUGAAUUUGUAAUAGGAACGAGCACCUUACGUCAUACACCAUUCCAUGAAGCCAUUGAACAAGCUAAGUAUAUUAUAACAGUACUUCAUAGUUAUCAUCCACAAUUAUUAUCAUCACAAUAUCUUCAUAAUCCAUUGCUUCCUUUGUUUUCGCGUAUCUAG